ACUCGCUGCUGGAGCAGCAACAGCGGCAACAGCGGCAACGGCAACGGGAAUGGGAGCAGCAGCAGGAGUAGGCUCAGUACUCGCUGAACUGUUUGUAGUAGGAGUUGGGGCGGCGGCUGCUAUUGCUGGGUCAGAUGACUCUGGGGAGCCUAGUACUGCUUGUCAUGAUACAGAUGCUCUCCCGGCAGCAUCACACUCGGGCCCUAGCAACAGCGAUUCGGAUGAUGACCAUGAGAAAGUCGGCGAUUGCUUCGAAGACCGUCCUCGUCUAGACAAACCAAUUUUUAUACCCAAGAACCGAAUGAAGGACCUACUCAAUGCAGCAGGAAAAGAGAUGUAUGACAAACUCAAAGGGGUCAUAUUGGAUGACCAGAGGACAAUCUGGAGUAACCGGGACUUCCGUAUGGACGCGGGAUAUACCGUCCACAAUCGACCCAACUUCAAGACCUGGAAUUUGCAGGUCAAUCAGAACCCACAAUCGCACGCAGCGAAAGAACUGGUGAAAAAGUUCGGGACUCAUGAGAAACUGAUCUGGGAUACCAUCGACCCUAAAAACCCACCCGACUACAGGACCUGGGCUGAAGGAGUUUUGAAGUUAUUCAGUGAAUGAGUGAUGCACGCAGGGACCGUGCCUCUUGCCAUUAUCCCUGAUCAAGCCACAGCUAUCGAAGUUACCAGACAAAAAAUAUAGCCCUCUGUGUCCUAUGUUCAGUUCCAAUCUGCUUUUGGUACUGUACAAUGGAUAAUGUUGAGUUCCUUUGCUAUAACUAUUUCUUUCGCACACAGCCGGAUCAAAUCUCACUGCCCUGUUCGCACCAUGUUACAUAGCUAGGAGCCACCCCAUCACUGUAUGGAGAAAAUUUCGUCGGAAUGCUGUUCCACUUGUACAGUAGCGUUCCCACCGA